GGGUUCGUGUAUCGGAAUAUAAAAGUUUGUGUGUGAACGUGAACAAGACGUCUGCAAUAUGUCUGACUAUUUGGAAAUAUUUUUAGAUUUAGCUUAGUCGUAAAUAGUUAUUGAAUCUUUAAUAAGUAAUCGAUGUCAUGGACUAUACAUGACAAAAAAUACAAUAGAUCGAUAAGAAGAGGACGUGCAACGAAGUAAUGUAUUGUUGUGGGUCGUGCGAGAGCCUUACGUGUGAAUAGUAGAUAUGCGCGUCACGGACAUUGUGCGACCUGCCUGUGCGGACUGAGUGCGCGUGCUGUGACGACAUACACGAUACGGUCGCGCUGCGAGGCCGCCCCGCUGCUGCUUUUGUCACCCUAAGGACACCGAGUGACGUCAACAUGGACCAGCUCGUGCAGUGUCCCGUCUGCACGCUGUUCCUCCACAAUGGGAUCACUCUCGAGUCCCACUUGGAUACUCACCCCAAAGACCAGGUUAUAAAAGCUUUGUGCAAUAUAGCAUCAAACAAGAAUUCUAGUUUUGCAAGCAGAACUUCCACACCAGUACAUUCUGAGCGAUCGUACAGGAGUAGGUCACGGACACCUGCUACUGAUGACAGUACCAAGUGGCCGGGGUCAAGGAGUACAGAACAUGAGCGCUACUGGCGUAGAACACCUAGCAGAACUCCUAAGAGUACAGCUCCAUCUAGAAAUGGCACGCCUGACAUAAGAAUGCUUGAUGUAAACUUUGAGAACCAUGGCCUUCCUGCUGCAGGUGCCGGUCAGCAUGUAAACAAUCCAUUUCUUUUAAAAGCUGAUAAACUUCAGCAGACCUUCCAGUCUCCUGCUGUACCAGACUUUGAUCCACAGUUUGUUUACUACCCAGAGCAACAGGAGGACAGAGAGAUAAAAUUUUCCCGUAGUGCUGAAUACAAUGCAAUGGACAACAGUAACAAUUUGUUUUCUUACAAUGUACCAACUAUGCCCGGACCAGGUGUGAAAUUGUUACCAGCAAUGCCUAGGAAAGCAAAUGACCUUGUCAAAGUUCUACCUAAACCAAAUAACAUACUUCUUAAGGCCAACAUGGGUGGUGUGCAAUAUAUAGGUCCAGGGGUCAAACCUAUGCAUGUUAUGGUACCGUCAGCUCCCACGUUUAUGCAGAAGAAUGUGCAAAACAAUAUGAUUAUGACAGGCAGUGGUGCCAGCCCACAGAUGCACAUUGAUACCAAAACAGCUUCACCUCCACUAGCUAGCAAUCAACUGAACCAAAUGACUUCUGGUGCAUUUACUCCAGGAACUACUGUUGUUACCCAAAACUCCCAAAUUAUAUACAGAGAAAUGGUGCACAAUAUAGACGGUAAGCCCUUUAUAACUACAAUGCCGACAGUACUAGGAGGACAUGAGAAUGUCAGUAACUUAGCGCAAGCCAGCUCCAUGUACCAGAAUGUAAUGGUUGUAGACCAAUUUGGAAACACUUCAUGUAUGUACACAACACCUCAGCAAAUGAUGAACAAAGGAUGUCCUACUUCCAUGUAUAAUGAACCUGGGAGUCUAAUGCCUAGUGUCCACAUUGAUAAAUCUGUACCAACUAUGAAUGAUCCUAAAACUCUUAUUAUUGAGGUUGGUCCACUUAUUGCUCCUGGUCAUGAUAAUAUUUGUGAGGAUCCUAGUUCCUCCAUAACACAGCCAGUUCAGAGCAGUUCAGUUGAUAACACUGAGAGACCUGUAGAGGUAUUAGAUUCAAAAUUUGAUAUGCCAGGAGGAACUAAAGGUUUGAAAAUUUUAAGUAACAUCAAGGUUGAAGUUCCAGUGCAACAUCAUAAGAAUAUGGUGAAUACAGUGAUGGAUCUGACAGGCAGCACAGAGGCUGAGUAUUCUGUUGAGCGAGCAGAAAGCCCAGAGAAGAUCCUGCCUGAUUUAGAUGAUAACAACCAACUAUCAUCGGAUGACACCCAGCCAUCAUCUAUGUCCAGUGGUGACAGCAUGGUCUCGCAUACAUUCUCUGUGAUAAAGAAUGUUGGUAACCCGAGCAAAAGUUCAGUAGACAAAUUGGAUACGGACUUUUCUGACAGCUGUCCUGUGCCAGAUUUAAUAUGUAAUGAGAAGCCCUCCAUAUCACCUUGUAGUGAGUUGUCAGAAAAUGGCGACAAUUCAACCGAUCGUACCUCAAUAUCUCCCAAACCUGAGAGCAAUCAAGUUAGCCUUAGUAACUUAGGACUUCCAGAAAAGAAAAAUCCGCUUUCACAAAAACCAUACAGGCACAACACACUAAGACUGAACAACAUUUUCGUGAAGAAGCACAAGAAGAUUCUGCAAAUUAAGAAUGCCAAGUCCUUUCCUGUGAAAACAAAGAAGUCUGAACACAGAGACAAUGUCCCAACAUCAUCAACUUGCAGAUCACCAGAAAAUUUUAGCAUGAAUAAAUUGCACCAGACUGAUAAAUCUGACAGCAAGGAAAAGACUAACCUUUUGCAGACCAUAUCUGUGGAAGAGAUCAAAGAGAAUGAUGACAAUAAUGACUUUGAUGAUGAUAUAGAAGAACAAUCUAUGGACAUAGAACCAGUUGCUGCAUCCAGCUUGGCGCAGCCGGAGUUUGCGGCCGGCAUUGAGAUGAUACAAGUGAAGGAGGAAAUAAAUACAAGCAAUGAAGGAGGUUUCAGCAACGAGCCAGUGACUACGGACCGCAUGCUAACACCACUAGAGACAUUGCGGCCCAUUAACGUUAUUAACUAUGGCAACAUGUCCAACGAGGAUUUUAACGAAGAGUCUAAUGACAGGGAGUUGUUGGACCUUGAAGCGGCCUCUAAAAACAAGCAGUUUGUCAGCAUGAUGAACGAGAACUACUUCGGGGACAAUAUUUACGCGGACUACUUUACUGCGGACCGCGUGGAAGGGUUCGACGCGGAGCGCGACGCCGCGGCUUUCAAGGAGGGAGGCAAGGACGGUAUGUACCUCUGGGGUGAGCCUUCACAGAAAGACAACGAGUUUGUACUGCCUAACUUUAUACACGAGAGUUACAAGAUAGCUGAGAGUAACGGCAUAGAUUAUUCAGAGCUAGGUGCUAGAGAAGUGCAGGUAGAUGUGGAGGUGGACGGGUGCGAGCGGGACAGCAAGGCGGACGUGCUGAGCGAGGGCCGCAGCGAGGGCGACGCGCCCAUGAACAUCUGCGCCGACGAGUGCAUGCCGCCGCGCGGCGAGCUCAGCGGCCAGGAGAGCAACGGAGACAUGGAGUCGCCUUGGAGCGGGAUGUACUCAGAGGUGACGGCGACGGAGCCCUACGACCUGAUCGCGCGGGAGAGCUGGGUGUCUGACGGCUCGGAAGCGGACGCCAACGAGAAGAGGGAACCCAUCGAGGAGGAGCUAGCAUUACCCCUGCCGGCGGUGUUCGGGCGCGGACGCACGUGCGGCACGUGCGGCGUCACGUGCGCGUCCGUGCGCGAGCUGCGUGCUCAUCGUGCCCGCGUGCACGCCGCCACCACCAAGACCUCCUACAGCCGCCUCGUUACCGCCAGGACUAUCAAGAAGGAGGAGAAGCCUGAUACCAACAAUCUUCUACCACCAAUCGACUCAAAGGACUCGAUAUCAUCCACAAUCCUUCAAGUGUACGAGAGCAUACAAGUGGAAGAGGCCAAGCCUAAGAUCGAAGUGGACAGACUUAUCAAGCAGGAAGUGAAGCGGAGGCGCAAAGACUACGUGUGUCCUACGUGUAAGGAGGACCAGGUGACGGACGCGGCGUUCCACGCGCAUCUCAAGAUACAUCCCCUCGAGUGUCUCACGUGUGGAAAGUGCUUCUUCAGGAGAGCAAACCUGGCAUUACAUAUUAAGACACAUUUAGGAAUUAAGAAUUAUAAAUGCGACGUGUGCGAGAAGCGGUUCGUGACGCGGCAGAAGCUGCUGGAGCACCACAACGUGCACACCGGCCGAGCGCCCGUCAAGUGCACCAUGUGCGACGACACCUUCCGCCGCUACUCCAACAUGGUGCAGCACAGGUACUGUCCAGCUCCAUCCCUCCACCACACACCCACAGCUACCUGCCAGGCGUCAAGUGCACCAUGUGCGACGACACCUUCCGCCGCUACUCCAACAUGGUGCAGCACAGGUACUGUCCAGCUCCAUCCCUCCACCACACACCCACAGCUACCUGCCAGGCGUCAAGUGCACCAUGUGCGACGACACCUUCCGCCGCUACUCCAACAUGGUGCAGCACAGGUACUGUCCAGCUCCAUCCCUCCACCACACACCCACAGCUACCUGCCAGGCGUCAAGUGCACCAUGUGCGACGACACCUUCCGCCGCUACUCCAACAUGGUGCAGCACAGGUACUGUCCAGCUCCAUCCCUCCACCACACACCCACAGCUACCUGCCAGGCGUCAAGUGCACCAUGUGCGACGACACCUUCCGCCGCUACUCCAACAUGGUGCAGCACAGGUACUGUCCAGCUCCAUCCCUCCACCACACACCCACAGCUACCUGCCAGGCGUCAAGUGCACCAUGUGCGACGACACCUUCCGCCGCUACUCCAACAUGGUGCAGCACAGGUACUGUCCAGCUCCAUCCCUCCACCACACACCCACAGCUACCUGCCAGGCGUCAAGUGCACCAUGUGCGACGACACCUUCCGCCGCUACUCCAACAUGGUGCAGCACAGGUACUGUCCAGCUCCAUCCCUCCACCACACACCCACAGCUACCUGCCAGGCGUCAAGUGCACCAUGUGCGACGACACCUUCCGCCGCUACUCCAACAUGGUGCAGCACAGGUACUGUCCAGCUCCAUCCCUCCACCACACACCCACAGCUACCUGCCAGGCGUCAAGUGCACCAUGUGCGACGACACCUUCCGCCGCUACUCCAACAUGGUGCAGCACAGGUACUGUCCAGCUCCAUCCCUCCACCACACACCCACAGCUACCUGCCAGGCGUCAAGUGCACCAUGUGCGACGACACCUUCCGCCGCUACUCCAACAUGGUGCAGCACAGGGACCGUCACCACCUGGCGAAGCGCGCGAAGGUGCGCGACUUCGUGUGCCAGUGCGGGCUGGUGUUCCACUCGCGCGCCAAGCUGCGCUGGCACCAGGAGACGCACGCGGCGCGGCCGCGCGCCUGCCUGUACUGCAGCGACAAGUUCGUGCACGCCGCCUCGCUCACGCGCCACGUGCGGCGCGCGCACCAGCAGCACUGCGCGCGCCGCCCCGACCACGCGCCCUGCCCCGUCUGCGCGCAGCUCCACCCGCGCGCCGCGCUGCGCGCCCACCUGCGCACGCACAGCGGCCAGCGCCCGCACGUCUGCGUCGUGUGCAGCAAGGCCUUCACCACCAAGUGGAACCUCAAGCUGCACCGCUGGACGCACAUGAGUCGCUCCGCCAAGCCCUUCAAGUGCGGCCUGUGCAAGGGCGCCUUCAUCCGCCACUCCGAGUACGUGUCGCACAUGAACGCGCACAAGUCCGUGCGGCCCUACACCUGCAACUACUGCGGCUGCCAGUUCAUCCGCAAGUACAACUGCCAGCGGCACGUGCGCGAGCACGAGAUGGCCAAGAAGUACGUGUGCAAGGUGCCCGAGUGCGGUAAGUCCUUCCACAGGAGCUACUACCUCUCCGAGCACAUGAAGGUGCACAGCGGCGCUCGCCCCUUCGCCUGCAACAUCUGCGGUAAGACUUCCAGCAACAAGUCCAACCACAACAAGCACGUGAAGAUACACCACGCGCGCGAGCCCGUCGCUACCGAAGCGUAAUGUCUGCUCCAAUCACGUGGCCGAUAUACGACGCGUGGUAGCCGCGGCCAAUGGCAUAGGAGAUACGUCUGGCGCGUAGACCGUGGGCCAAUGGUGUCUCAGAUAUAUCAAGCGCCCGCACCCGUAGCCACGUAGGCGUACAGCUAGGCGAAACGUUGUUGCGGACACAGCGUCCGUCGCGCUGAUACAAGACUGCGAAUAUUUUACUUGCUUUUUAAAUAUCAGUUGAUAGUCCGAGUUUAUGAAUUCGUAUAGUUUUCGCAUCUUCAACGUUGCAAAAUAUCAUAAGAUUAUUUUAUUGAUACACAAGUUUAGUAAACGUAGUUAGCAACAACGUCGCUCGGCGUGCGCCAUGUAAAUAUCUAGUUAAAUUUGAAUUUAUUAUAAUUGUUGUAAAUACAGGACCAAGCGUGUACAUUUGGGGUGGAGUUGUGUGGUGACGAGCAUUUCGAAGUCAACGGUAUGACGCACCGCGCGUUACGUGCGGGAACUUCAUUCGUGUACUAAACAUUUGUUCGUAGACUUGUUGAAAGAAGCUUUAAUUAUGGAACCCUACGAAAUGGUAAACGUGCGUGAUAGACGCCGGAGUUUGUUUUGUGCCUUAUAGAUUGAAUGGUAGGAACUUUUUUGUCAUUUCUACCGGCUGAAGUAACAAUGGUAAUAUGGAAAACAGUACAGUAACAGUACAGUAACUUGGUCACAGAGUUGUAUCAUUUCAGUUGUGGCGUGUUAUAUGUCGUAGUUUUCUCCCGAGGCGUCGGGAUCUGGUUGUGAAAUACAUUUAGUGUUGUGCGUGACACGUGGUGCGUCAUACCGAACAUAAAAUAGUCAAAUUAAUAAAGGGCAUUUCGGUAUAGGUACCCCGCUACACUUAUAUUAUUUUCUACUUAUUAUAUUAUAACAUAAUUUCACAAUGCUUCCAUUUUAUAAGCUUGGUCACUGAGGAUGCGGCUCGCUCAGUUAAUUAUUCUACUAGUUAUUUUUUACAACUUUUUAGUAUUACUAAUGAAUGAAUUACUUAUGGUGCAAUUUUCUUGACAUUUUGAAAAGUUUAGAUUAACAAUGACAUAUUUUAUUUCUUAAGUUAUAAGGCGAUUUCUUAAAAGUCUUAUGGUCCCAAACCAUACUAAAAUAAUUAUAAUUUACAUAUUACCAAUUGGUAUACCGUUAUUUUAACAUUUGACUGCUAUAAGAGCUCAAGAUUUUACACAACGAUUAUUUUUAUAUGACAUAUGCAAGCGAUGAAUUAUAAUUAUAUUAAUAGUUUAUCUGUAGCAUCUCUGGAAGAAAACUGAUAUAUUUUAAGAAUUGAUGUCACUUUGCCGCGAUACAUUUUCAUGGAGUUAAUCUCAUAUCUAUACUCUAGGCAUAGUCAGUUGAUAUGACUGUACUAAAGCCUCUUUUUGGUCACUAUCAUCCUUGGAACAAUUUAUGGCUGCAGUAUACGAUGACGUAGUCGUUAGAGAUGGACAAUGUUUGUUUGUGAAUAUUGUGUAUGACGCGCGGCCACACCCCUCAGUGGCAAGCUGUAACGUGUAACUUUAUACAUUUUAGUCAAAUUGACAUCCCCACAGGGACUACUAAUAACUCAUUGUAAAAGUAUUUUAACAUUUACGUUAUUUAGAUUACUUUAUGUAAAUAUCACUUUAAUUACAAUUAAUUUAUUAUUAUUACAUUUUUGUAUUGUUACUACGUAUUAUUCCGUUUUUUCUACGUAAGGCGUGACGGUGUUGCAGUGUGUGCUCUAAACACUGGUUGUUCUGUGCGAUAGAGAUCGAAUUAAAUAAAUAUAUGGCGUCGUCUCUUUAUCUUCGCACUCGUGCAGUUAUUUAUAUGAAACAUUUAUUCAUUGUUUUUAAUUUGGUCCUAACAAAAUUACAUCUAACUGAAAACAAACAGUAUUUAGAAGGCACAUGUUACCACAUAUUUUGCGUUUCUCGUCGCACGCACUCGAGUGACAUUUUUAUCGGUUGACUUUAUUUCAUAGUCUUUUCGUUUCACAAAUAUUAUUUCUAUAUGUUUGUUUGGUAUUUGUCCAAAAUAUUUAGUCGAUUAGUGCAAUCGCAUUUGUUGUUAGCUCAUUGUUAUCUAUCAUCUGAUGGACGAAAAUGUGAAAGUCACCUGAUUUUGUAAUCAACAUUAUUUUCAAAGAUACGAAGCAAUAAUGUGAUUUAUAUCAAUAAUUAUUUAUUUUUAUCGAAGAGACUCUUCUUUGAGGAUAAUGUUGGUACAUGGUCGGUGCGCAUUAUUUUGGAAAGCCGAAAUUAAUGAGGUCAAAACCUCUGAUAAAACAAAUGUUAUAUAACAAUAAGUUGGCAAAAUGUACUGUAGGUAUAUUUUUCUAUAAUGUUGGUAUAAAUUCUGUCAUGAAUCACACCAGCUGUGUUCAUAUAAAGCUUAGAGCGGGCAGCGAUUGACGGCUUGAUAUCGGCACACUUAUGUCGUACUUAGCCGUUCUAUUUUAUUCUUAACUCUACUUUUUAUCGUAAAAUGCCGUUUGAUAAACGAUGUCUCAUGAAAAUAAGGCAUAGAUACAAAAAAAAUGUACUUAUUUUGUUUUAUGUGAGGUGAAAUUUACAUUGUGUAAUAUGCAUAGCCGAGCUUACAACUGGUUAUAAGCAUUCAUAAGAUUUUGUGGCUAAAUAAUUUCAGCAUUUAAUAUGAUGCGAAACUUAUAUUACAUAUCUUUUUCCUAUAUAUUUAUAGAAGAUCUGAAAUAUGAAGGGUUUUAAACUUUUAAAAGUGUGCGGUAUUAAUUCGUCGUUGUUAACAGCUCUAAGCCUAAACGAUGUAUGUUUAUAUAUUUUACACAUAAAACAAUGAUCUCGUAUUUUAUAAACACAAUGUAAAACAAAUUUUAUGUUUUUUUUUUUGUUUAUGUUGUAUUUAAAUCGUUUGGAGCGCAAGUUGACGUAAUAGAACUCUAUAACCUUAAUAUUCGUAUGUAAAAAAGUAAAAAUAAACUAUUACAUAAUUACUAAGUGUAAUGUUCUGUGACUGGUUAAAAUAAAUGUGAAUAAAUACAAUAACUGACUAUAAUUAUAUCUCAAAAUAACUAAAACUUGAAAUAAUGAAAAAGCUGUCGACUUGCGUUAGGCUUUGCACACACGGUAUGGACACUCUUGUCAAAGAAAUAUAACAUCUCAACAUAGACAACGGUUUUUCAUUCUGCCUUAAUUUUUUUGAAUAAACGGAGCUCUGAAACAUAAGUCUCUGUCUAAAUUAGCGGAAUCACGGUUGGCAUAAUGUUAUUGCGUUUUGAUUCUUAACUAUUUAAGAAUAAGGUUGAUUUUAACAUUCAAGAGCGUCUUCACCAUGGUACAAGCCAACAAAACGAUGUAAAUGCUGUAAUCUUGCGUAACUCAGUUAUUAGAAGAAAUUGGUUAUUUAUUUUUUAUUUUAAGUUAUUCGAAUAAGUUCUUAGUUUUACAUGUACAUAAUGUUAGGUAAUUUUGUAAUUGAACGUAAGACGUGGGUGGUACUCCAAAUUCAGUUCGGCGGGGUCACUGAACUGAACAGUUUGUGUCUGCAAUAAAUUAUAUUAAGAACUUAUA